CCACCGUGCACUGUGGAUAUAGCUGGCUCAACGAUGCAACCUCGUUUGCAACAAUACUCGCGUCUCAUAGCAGGAAGAAGAUCGCCGGAGAUAUAGUCCCACAGACGGAUAAGACUUGUCGAGGUCGUUCCAAGUGUUCAGAAAAAGGCUCGAAGACUGCCGUUAUGAUGCAGAAGGGGUAGUAGUGUUUACCUGUCUUAUAAGGCUAACAGCUGUGUGAGUCCCUGUUGCCAGAAUCCCGUGGAAGUGCCAUCUCAAAAUUGAAAAAAAUAUAAGUAAAAAUACACGUGCUUGGAAAAAAAUAUAAAAAAGUCUCAAAGCUCGAAUUCCACCAAGAAGAGUUCGAAAUCUAGAAGAAAGAAAGAAAAUACGAACAAACGAAGAACAGAAAGCUAAAGGCUAUAUAAGGAGUUGAAAGUGUGAGCAAGAUGGUAGGUACAAAGGAAGCUGUGCGACCACCAAGAGCCAAACCAGAUGACAAGGAAAAGCGGUCUCCAUUGUCAAGACUCCGACUAAACUACUCAUUCUUGCAGGUCGGAAGCGGAGACCGAAAGCAUCACGAACCCGAGUACGAAGAAGUUGGUCCCCCCACUGGCUUGAGGAAGAACACAGAUAAUGGGACCAAAGGAGAUGGAGUCCACUGCGACCUCUGCGGUUCGGCCCCGGCGGCGGUUCGCUGUGACCGCUGUGGUUCUCAGACGUUUUGCCUCUCCUGUGACGACAUGUACCACAGACACCCCCGCCGCAGCAGUCAUGUCAGAAAGGCCGUGGACAGCAAAGCUCCCUCGGGCGGGGGGGUGAGACCUCCCCUUCCGCCAAAGGGGGACACCCAGGGAGCGCCGCCUCCCCAGCCGCCCCCUCGGAAGAACAAGCGAUCCGGAUUCGGUUUCUCCAAGAAGGAUCAGAACUACCACUCGUAUAGCGGAGGCCUCGCCAACAUCACCUCCCGUUCAUCCAGCAUGACCAAUCUUCAGAGCGCAGCGAGUGACAGCGUGAGUGGCGCCGGCAGAACGAUCAUGGGCAGCCUCAAGAAGUUCAUGGGCGCCAGACCCCUUCCGCCCACGCCAGAUCAGAUGAAAGCGUCGGCGAAGAAUGAUAGCCGUGACUCCGUGCCGAGCAAAGCGCUGAUAAGAGCCAGCACCAGCCCGAGCCUUCCCAACCUCAGCGACCAGACAAAUGACGACAUCCGCGCCGGUUUACCACAGUCCAUUCUGGAACUCAACCGCUCCCGCCCACCGCCCAAGAAUUCGACGUCCACGCCCGCGACGCCCGCCUCUCCCAACGCCCAGUACCCGCCUCUGCAGCCUAAGACACAGCAGCCGCACGCCCACACCCACUCCCUGGGCAGGAAGUUCUCCCUGCAGCAGCUCCCACAGGCCGGCAUGGAGGACAAGAGGACGUCGCUGGUGGAGCCGAGCCCCGGUGGCGUCGGCUGGGAGUCGGAGGCGCCCAAGCCCAUGCCCCGCAACCGCUCUCAAAGCAUCUCCGACGACCAGUGGGCACAGGUUAUGGCCUCUCAGGGCGGGGACGGCACCGGGGGUCCCUCCGGCCCCAGCUGCCCCCCUGGCCACACCCCUGCAGAUAUGUCGGCCUUCGUGGGUGCCACCACCAGGCGAGGCUACAACACAAUGGGCGGCCGCGGCAGCUCCUUCGGCCGCGGCAUGGUGUCCUCAGCCUCUGUGUGUGACCUGAACUCCCUCGCUCAGCAGCAGCCCCCGCACGGCUUUAAUAGCUCUCAUCCGGCUAACAGCUUCCAGCAGCUCAACAUGAUGGGUUACCCCGGGGGAAUGCCCAUGUGGGGCGCGCCAUGUGACCUGUGCACACCAGCCCACAUGCUCGCGGGUCAAGCCAAUGUCUCCGGCAUGAAGCGCACAGCGUCCAACCUGUCCAUGAACCUCUCUUCCGUAGGCAGCGACGUGACCGGGUACCCGUGGGGGCCGCCGCCUCCGCACGUGCACCACCACAUGCCGCCCAUGUUUCCGGGCUACUACCCUGGCUACCACCCACACAUGGGCCCGCCUGCGAUGGGCUCCCUCAACAUGUCCAUCCCGGACUCCAUGAACACCUUCGGUAAGGUCCCCUCCUCCCCAGCCCCCUCCCUCCGCUCCUCCUCGCACCGCUCGCACAAGUCCUCCAAGUCGCGCUCCUUCAGCGGAGCCGACGUCAGCGGCCGACGCAGCCGCAACAGGAGGAAGCAGCGGUCGGAGGAGAGCGAAGAGAGUCGUUCAUCGUCGGUGAGCGACGACGACGACGACGACGGCAGGAAUAACAAGGUGGGCAGCAGCUUGGCAUGGCAGUGCGACCACUGCACUUUCAUCAAUUCUGGCGGAGUGAGGACCUGUGGCAUGUGUUCGAAAACCAUGGGCGGCGGCGGCGGAGGAGGAGGAAGCGGCCGCAGCAGCCGGCGAGGCAGCGAGCGACAUCGUUCCGACCGGAGGAGAGACCGACGAACCGACCACGAAGAUGACGACCGAGACGUGUCCGAUUACGACAACGACGGCGGGGUGGUGAAGAGUAAUUUAUCUUUCAAUAUCAAGGAUAACAGACGAGAGUCUCGCACGAAGGUUUCGAACUCGAGCAAGAGCAAGAGUAAGAAGAAAUCCCGCCGGCGAGGCAGCUCGGCGUCGGCGUCGGAGUCGGCGAGCGACGGCGAGGAGGAGCGACUGGAGCGACACAUGCGCGAUCUGCGGGUUUCGUCGUCCUCCCGCAGGCGAGGCAGCGACUACGAGAGCGUCAGCAAUAAGGACAGAGACAGAGACAGGGACAGGGACAGAGACAAAGGCUCACGCAAGAGAGAAGGAGGCAGCAGCCGCUUCAAAAACCGAGGGAAGAGCCACUCGGAGCGGUCCAGGACUCCGGGCCGACAGACGCCAAGGCGGGAGAGCCCUGUGGAGGACGCAGGCUCCCGGGGAGGCAGCCGCGAGCGCAGCCCCACCGAGGACUCGCGCUCCUCGCACCGCAGCCCCUCGGAGGACCGGAACGACCGCAACAGCUCCCACGAGGACACGGUCGUCAACACGGUGGCGUCCGAAGUCACGGCCAAGAGUGAGCAUAAGUCCAAGUCGGACAGCAGCAAACGCAGUAGAUCCAGAGCCAGGAGUCAGGCUGAAGAAGUGGCAGACGAAGGCCAGGUUCAGGUGGAGGCUGCCCCUGUGGAGCAGGAACCGUUAGAAGCGAAGUCCAGGACGCCGAGCCCGAGGCAACAGGCGCGGAACAGCAAAUCUCCUGCUCCGUCUCAGCGGGACGGCGACGAGCACAGUUUCGCCAACACGCUCGACGAGAUCACAACGAUGGGCACGAACGAGAUGGCCGACCAAGACCUGAGCAGCCACUACAUCGAUGAACGCAUAAUCAUGCAGCCGGCGGAGGCGCACGAAGAAAUCCCUGAGGUCAUUUUCGUCCGGCCGAAAACACCUGACGAGGAGGCAGUAGCGGAUAGAGCGACAGCCGCUGCAGAUCAGCUGAUGGCCGUCAACGGAGAGACCAACGUUGCCGAAGUCCAGCCCGCUGUUCCUGAGCCUGUGGUGAAGCCGAUCAGCCGAAUCCUUCCCUCGGAGCCGGUGUACGAGCCGCGCUAUGAGCCGAUCGAAGAGCCCGCGGUGAACGAGCCCGCCGUCGCCGCCGCAGAGCCGGACAGCGAGCAGCCCGACUACCAAACAGCCACCAUGGGCAUGUCGGCGGGAGACAAGGAGGCGCUGGGCGACAGGGACGACGAGCAGGGCGGCGACGACACCCUCGUCGAGGCGACGCGGCCGAUGGCCGUGGCCGACGCCCGGGGCGGGGAAGGGCUGCGCUCGGGGUCCUCCGGCUCCUCCCUGGGGAUCAACAACACGCCUCCGGACAGGCAGUACACGCCCCUCAGUUUCUCGUCCUCGGAUGCGCAGUUCUAUUCCCCGCCAGACUCGCCUGAUAUUUCGCUCAGCGAGCAGCUCCAGGACAAGCCCCUCCCCAGCAACACACAGACGGUGAAGGCCCACAAUGAUGACUACCUGGUGUCGGCGCUGGAGACGAUGCAGACGGCGCAGACGGGCGAUGACCUGAAGUCGUCCCGCGAGACAAUCAGGUCGUCCUUUGAGCAGCUUCCGUACUCGGAGGAGGCGUUCGAGGGAGAGGCGGAGGCGCCCGCGAGGCCGGCCUCUGCGGGCGCCGCGGUCCCGCCCACCGACGGCUACGAGUCCCUCAGUUUCAAGGACGCCCUCACGUCCUCCGAAGCUUCCAGGAAGCAGCAACAGACGCCCCCAGACAAGGGCCUGGCAGCUGCAGCCAGGGGCGAUGACGCAGCAGACAUUGCCUCCAGCCUCGACGCCCUUCUGCAGGAGGCCGAACGUCAGUCCAAGGCAUUAGAGGCGGAGGUGAGCGAAAAACACAUGACGGUGGAGCAGAUUAUCAACAAGAGGCGACAGGAAACCAUGGAGAGACAAGGGCUCGAGCUGGUGCAGACUCUCAGGAGCGCGGAGGAGGCGGGCUACACGACGGAGGAUGUGUCCAUCGCCCUAGCCCAGAGCGGCGACAAGAACCCGCUGGAGUGGCUGAAGGAGAACUGGCGGCACAUGGUGGACACGGUGCUCACGCUGGCCACCAACUACGGCCACGAGCGACGCGCCAACGACGUCGGGGCCAUCACCGCCGCAGAGGCCAAGUCGGCGCUGCGGGUGCACAAGGGCAACAUCUGGGCGGCCGUGACCGAGUGCGUCGAGCAGCGGCAGAAGAAGUUCAACGACAUCCUCUCCCGCGGAAACUUCCAGCGUCAGGAGGUGGUUCGCGCCCUCGAGACUAACGACGGCGACGCUGACGCGGCCCUUCAGGAGCUGAACAAGCCGCAGCAGCAUCAGCCCUUCACUAUGAAGAUCUGGGCGCCGCCGCAGGCUCCUGAAGGACAAACACCCAAGCCGGUAUCCUCCGCUCACGCCCAGGUGGAAGUCCAGGACGCCCCGCCCGCGCCGCCCUCGCCGCCCCCGCCCGCGCUGCCCCCGCCACCGCCCGCGCCCGUCGAGCCGCCCUCCGCACCGCCAACAAUCGCAGGGACCAAGCAAGAUCCCGUAGGGUUUGUGGACGAAGAGGAUGAUGAUGAGGAUGACGUUUUCGAAAACGUUUAUGGCAACAUUGACUAUAUAGACGAGGAUCCUGCGAAGGAAGCGGACGUGGAGGAGGGAGAGGAGGAAGAGGAUGAGGAGGUCUUUGAGAACGUGUACGCCAAUGUUGACAAGUUGAGGAAAGAGGAACCAGCGGCGCGUCCUGAGCCCAUCUACGCGACGGUACAGAAGAACAGGAAGAAACCCAAGGGCCAGGAUACCGACAAGUACAAGAAGAUGUCGAAGAGGGCCGAGCAGAAGCAGGACCGGCGACCUAUGACCCCCAAGAGACUCGAGGUGCACGACGGCGACUACGAGAACCUGUCGCCGUCGCCCAGGGAAAUGUCCCCCUUGGAGUCCGACGACGAGUCCUUCAUAGAUGAGAUUCUCGCUGGUCUGGGAAGUCCGUCCUUCUAUGAGUACUUCACUGCCGUCGACCUCGAGGACUUGGAAGACUCGGAGGAGCAGAGCGUCGUGAGCUUGGAGGCUGAGCUUAUGCGUGAGAUGGCCCUGUCUGAAGGGGACGCACCGUCGGACGAACUGGGGGCCCUCAGCGAUACCCCCUCCUCAGUAGAUGUCUUCCUUUUUUGUAAGUCUUCUCUCGAUCUCACGUGUAGAAAGCCUCGCAACUCACCUUUGCUAUCAGGGGACGCUAACUCACCUCUACCACAUUUCGCCUUCUCACACUCCGCUGUACUUUUCUUCGCCUUCCAGCUCACACUCCGACACUAG